UGUUUCGAGGGAAAUAAUUUCGUUCUCAACGAUGUAUUUUGUCGUUUAAGAUAAUUACUUCCAAACACUUCGCCGACGUGUUAUGCAGUUUUGUUCCCUAUAAAUGAGUCCUUUUAUCCCCUGUAAGAAAACGUACAGAAAAAAGUAACAAUCUGAAGUUUAUUUUCCCAGAAUCUAUGCUCAAUGCUAUAGUGGUGCACCGGGCGUCUUCAAAUCCUAGAUUCAUUCACAAAAAAAGGAGAACAUGGCGGACCUCAUCUCUAGCUGGUCUAAUAAAGGCGAAACACUUCCUCAAAGUUAUGUCUUACCAAUGCAUGAAAGGCCAGUUGAUCCAGUUCCAAUUGUUAAGGAAAUUCCAGUCAUUGAUUUGGGAAAAGCUAAGGGCGAAGAACGAACUGUUGUCGUUCAACAACUUCUGAAAGCUUGUGAAGAAUAUGGUUUUUUCCAGGUAAACAAUCAUGGAAUACCAGAAGAUUUAAUGGACGAGGCGAUGAAAGUGUACCAGGAAUUCUUCAGUUUGCCUGUGGAAGAGAAAGCGAAUUACGCAAAAGCUGCAGCAAAUGCAGCAAGAGGUGCAGCAACACUAUAUAGUAGUAGUGCCAGGCAUUAUGAAACAGAAGAGCAUAAAUACUGGAGGGAUGUUCUCGAGCACACCUGCAACAUUGACGGGGAAGAUAAAAGCAUUUGGCCUGAUAAACCUCCAAGAUAUAGGGAGGUUAUUGGUUCAUAUUCUGUUGAAGUAAGAAAGCUGAGCAAGAUUAUCUUGGGACUGGUAAGUGAAGGAUUAGGGUUGGAGGCAGGGUAUUUUGACAAAGAUCUUGGGCAGAGAAUGCUUGCCAAUCUUUACCCAGAGUGCCCAGAUCCAAGUUUAACAUUGGGAGUUGGUGGACAUUGUGAUCCUAAUCUCAUAACCAUUAUCCAACAAGACGCAUAUGGCCUUCAAAUAUUAAAGGAUGAGAAAUGGAUUGGCAUAGAACCUCUACCCCAUGCACUUGUUGUCAAUUCUGGUUUAGCUAUGACGGUGAUUAGCAACGGGAAGCUAGGAAGUGUAGCACAUAGAGUGGUGACCAAUACAACUCAAGCACGGACAUCUAUUUGUACUUUCAUUUGUCCAGAAGAGGUCGUUGAGCCUGCAAAAUCACUUGUUAAUCCGUGCAAUCCACCAUUGUACAAAUCCUUCAAAUGGCGUACUGAAUUUAUGCCCCAUUACCUCAGCAAGAAAUCAGUGUAUUACGCAGCGUUGGAGCCUUUUAAGAUCGAUGCUGAAGCAUUGUAUGUGUGACGGAUCAGUGUUGCUGCUACCACUUAUUCUGUUUUCUCAAAUAAGAGGAUGUGAGUUUAGAAGUCAUAUAUAGAAGCAAUGUGAACCACUCUAAUGAAUGGGUAUUAGUUAUUCCAUUUGGUGCUUCUUCAAUGUACUUUGUUAACGUUUGCCUUGAAAUUUUUCGUUUUCUG